ACAGAGAAAUCCCUGGCCAACCUCAAUCUGAACAACAUGCUGGACAAGAAGGCGGUGGGGACGCCCGUGGCUGCUGUCCCCAGCCCGCCCCUUCCCUUUCGGUUUUUUUUCUAUUAUUAUUUUUUUAUUAUUAUUAUUAUUGCAGAGUUUUCGUUCUUGUUGAAAUAAAAGCCAACGAACUUUUUGUAAGGAUGAACAAAAUAGUCACAACGGGCAGUUGUGAUGCGAUAGAACAAAAGAUACCAAACACUUGUUUAGGUCUCAGAUGAGUUUUGAAACUCUAGUUUAUAAAGAAGAAUAAAAAACCAGCCCAGCACCAGCAGCUAAAACCACCAUUCCAUCUCUUCUUUCACUUGAAAGCCUUAGUUACAGUCCAGAUGUGAGAACUCUUACCUUGGAAGGGGGUUCCUAACUUGUCUCAGACCAGUGUGAGCCAGCCGGCUGCCACCUCCCCUUAAUAAGCUUUUAGAGUUCAAUGUAAUGCCAAGAACAUGCCUUGAAACGAGUAGCCUUCAGCCGGGUUUGUCGCGGUUGUUGUCCUUGUUUUUGUUUUUUAACGAAGUUAUAUGUUUGGGGGGUGGGGGGGUACCCUUGCAUUCCAAAGUCUGAUACUGGUCUCAUUGCCACCGUUUAGUGAGUGUUUAGCUUAGAAACAUUCCCUCUGCUCUCUGGAAGCCUUGAGCAGAGCUCAGUUCAUAAUUGUUGGGAAAUAAGUGCUUCAUUUUUAGCUGUUUUGAGUUGAUUCGCACCACAACUCAAUAUGAAAAAAAUAAACCUAUUUAACUUAUUUAUUAUCUUGUGAAAAGUAUACAUUGAGGAUGUUUGUUCAUACUGUAUUUAUCGAGUAUGAUGAAAAGCAAUAGAUAUAUAUUCUUUUAUUAUGUUAAAUUAUAAUUGCCAUUAUUAAUCGGCAAAAUGUGGAGUGUAUGUUCUUUUCACAGUAAUAUAUGCCUUUUGUAACUUCACUUGGUUAUUUUAUUGUAAAUGAGUAAGAAAAAAUCUUAAUUUAAGAGAUUGUAUGUAAUAUUUAUUUCAUUAAUUUCUUUCCUUGUUUACGUAAAUUUCGAAAGAUUGCAUGGUUUCUUUACAGAAAUCUAUCUAUCUUGAUGCUGUGGAAGUAGUUUGAGGAACAUUUUGAGUCUUUUCUUACUUAGAAUGUAUAAUGGUUGUGGCCCACCCAGCUUUAAAGAGAGAAAAAGAAUGACCACAUACUCUGCAGUCCGGCUCACAUGUGGCAUGCUUGUCUAGUCCCAGCCUUAUAAACCAGCAAGAGAAAACAAAAAAACAAAAAUGCUGAUUCCACCAGCUCUACUGUGACAUUGAGUAUAAAGACAUGUAGCAAUAACGGGGAAAUAAUGGUCUCAGUGCCUUCAUGGGGCCCGAACUUGCCUUAAAUCUUCCUCAACCAAAUAAGUAUUUCAUUAGUGCUUGAGCGAAUUUGAAUGCCAGAUGGGUUAACCUGCACAAAACGAGAUUUUUUUACCACUUUUUUUUUUAUAUAUAUAGCUAUAAAGUGAAGAGGGCCAUCUUAGUGCUGAAAAUGGUCUGUAGAACAUGAAUAUGCCUUGUUUCAUAACAGUCCGAAACUUGUACUAUGACUUUUCGAUGUAAAAAGGCAGGAAUGUCCCUCCCAGGCCUUCCUGGAUGGCAGAUGAGUGAGCAGGCGCUUAGUUUUGUAUGUAGGGUACAGUUGGAGCACCGAGUGUGUGUAUUCUGGACUACUUUGACACAGUAGGUUCUUUUUUGAAUGUAACAAGAUAAGUCAACUUGAGUUGUAAUAUAUUUUUGGGGAAUCAGUUCACUACAAAUUGUGACUGUAAACAUUGUACUGUAAAUGUUUUGUAGUUUUCCCCCCCAAUAAAAUUUUUUGGAAAAAAAUUUU